CUCGCGAGGCGGGUCUAUGGGGCGUCCACCAUAGGGUCGGCGCGGGGCCGGGCAGCGGGAAGGGUGCGGGCCCGCCCCGCCUGGGAAGGGGAUGAAGUGAGGGGCGCUCCUAGGCUUGACAGGCUUGGCCUGCGCCGGGCGUCUGGCGGCGCUGAUCUGGCACAGAGCUUCUUCCCCAGGGAGGCAGGUGUGGGUGUCUUUGGGGUGUGCGGGGAAACCUAGAGAGGAGCUGUAAGUGCUCCCCGAGGACGGCCGCGGGGCAGUGUUUCCAGGAGCAGCCGGCUGCUCGGCCCUGCGCGGCUCUUCCCUGCACUCUGUCUAGUGGUCCAGUCCUUCUGGAAGACACGGGAGCGCCGGGCUGGGACGCAGGUGUCUCCUUUGCUAGGACCACCAGGUUGGGGGGGUCAAGCCCAGAGUUCACACGUUGACAGCUGGUGCUUCUUCUACUAGGUGUUAAGAUUGUCACACGCGCAUGGGCUCGGACAAAAAAGAUCCUUUUGACCCAGACUCGAGGCUCACUUACGUGGCUAUUCCCAUGGAAAUGCAUGAAAUAUUCUGUAUACUAGUUGCCACCAUCCACUGUAAACACUGAGCUUAACCACACUGUUUUCUGGACACGGUUACAGGCCCAACUUCUUUUGAAAGGUUCCCUUUCUUUAUUUCAUGUUGAUAAAUCAGAUACCUCUUUCUUAAUUAGUCAACAGUUCCCUUAGUUACAGCACUAUCACAUGAAAAUUGGAUGCAAUUAGGACCUCUUAAAUGUUCUAAUUCCACCAUACUCUUAACUUUUAUGCAGGUUGUGUGAUCUCCUAGGUCUGAAUAGUCUAUGUAGAACAUGAAAGCUUUAAACUAGAAACCAAGCAGCAACAGCCCUUGGAGAGAUGCUAAGUUUUUCUUGACUUCUACAGUGACAAAGACCUUGAAGAAGUUGGUACUUCUGGCCUACCCUGCCGUCAUCCUACCACUCACCCCAAGAAAACCCAGGCUAAAUAUUAAUGCCUCCCUCUCUUUUCCUCUGGGGUCAUUCAGAUCAGCACUUGACUGUUUAUUUUCAAAUCUCACACAUCCAACCCCCAGAUCUUCAUAUUCUGGUUCUUAGCUGCUCUUGAAGGACGGUGACUUGUUGCCACCACCACAGAGCUUGGCUUCCCGAGCAGAUCUCCAGUUGCCCUUCGUGUCACCCCUCUCUUGUUUCCCGUUGUAGCCUCCUAAAUGCCCAUCUUGUUGGCUUGGGUUCAGCUGGUGGUAUGGAGGGCGCUGCCCAGCACUGACCUGGGAGUGUGUGUGACCCAGUGACCCAAUGGACAUCAAAAGCCAGUUCUGGAAUGAUGAUGAUUCAGAAGGAGAAAAUGAAUCAGAGGAGUUUCUCUAUGGAGUUCAGGGGAGCUGUGCGGCUGACCUGUAUCGACACCCACAGCUUGAUGCAGACAUUGAAGCCGUGAAGGAGAUCUACAGUGAGAACUCUGUAUCUAUCAGAGAAUAUGGAACUAUCGAUGACGUGGACAUUGACCUCCACAUCAACAUCAGCUUCCUCGAUGAGGAAGUAUCUACAGCCUGGAAGGUCCUGCGGACAGAACCUAUUGUGUUGAGGUUACGGUUUUCUCUCUCCCAGUACCUUGAUGGACCAGAACCAUCAAUUGAGGUUUUCCAGCCAUCGAAUAAGGAAGGGUUUGGGCUGGGUCUUCAGUUGAAAAAGAUCCUGGGUAUGUUUACAUCCCAACAAUGGAAACAUCUGAGCAACGAUUUCUUGAAGACCCAGCAGGAGAAGAGGCACAGUUGGUUCAAGGCAAGUGGUACCAUCAAGAAGUUCCGAGCUGGUCUCAGCAUCUUCUCACCAAUCCCCAAGUCUCCCAGUUUCCCUAUCAUACAGGACUCCAUGCUCAAAGGCAAACUGGGUGUACCAGAGCUUCGAGUUGGGCGCCUCAUGAACCGUUCCAUCUCCUGCACCAUGAAGAACCCCAAAGUAGAGGUGUUUGGCUACCCUCCCAGCCCCCAGGCAGGUCUCCUGUGCCCCCAGCACGUGGGCCUCCCUCCCCCAGCACGGACCUCUCCUUUGGUUUGUCUGGUUGUAGGCUGUGAAGCAGAGUCUGCAGAUGGGCAUGCCAUGGAGAAGAAUGUCAGUGGUCACUGCAAGAACAUCCCCACUCUGGAGUAUGGAUUCCUUGUCCAGAUCAUGAAGUAUGCAGAGCAGAGGAUCCCAACACUAAAUGAGUACUGUGUGGUGUGUGAUGAGCAGCACGUCUUCCAGAACGGUUCCAUGCUCAAGCCGGCUGUCUGUACUCGUGAACUAUGCGUCUUCUCCUUCUACACCCUGGGAGUCAUGUCUGGAGCUGCAGAGGAGGUGGCUACUGGAGCAGAGGUGGUGGACCUGCUGGUGGCCAUGUGUAGGGCAGCUUUGGAGUCCCCUAGAAAGAGCAUCAUCUUUGAGCCUUACCCCUCUGUGGUGGACCCCACUGAUCCCAAGACUCUGGCCUUUAACCCUAAGAAGAAGAAUUACGAGCGGCUUCAGAAAGCUCUGGAUAGUGUGAUGUCCAUCCGGGAGAUGACCCAGGGCUCCUAUUUGGAAAUCAAGAAGCAGAUGGACAAGCUGGAUCCUUUGGCUCAUCCUCUCCUGCAGUGGAUCAUCUCUAGCAACAGGUCACACAUUGUCAAACUACCUCUCAGCAGGCAGCUGAAGUUCAUGCACACCUCACACCAGUUCCUCCUGCUGAGCAGCCCUCCUGCCAAGGAGGCUCGGUUCCGGACCGCCAAGAAGCUCUAUGGCAGCACUUUUGCCUUCCAUGGGUCCCACAUUGAGAACUGGCAUUCGAUCCUGCGCAAUGGGCUGGUCAAUGCAUCCUACACCAAACUGCAGCUGCAUGGAGCAGCCUAUGGCAAAGGCAUCUACCUGAGCCCCAUCUCCAGUAUUUCCUUUGGAUACUCAGGAAUGGGAAAAGGACAGCACAGGAUGCCCUCUAAGGAUGAACUGGUCCAGAGAUACAACAGGAUGAAUACCAUCCCACAGACCCGAUCCAUUCAGUCAAGGUUCCUGCAGAGUCGGAAUCUAAACUGUAUAGCACUUUGUGAAGUGAUCACAUCUAAGGACCUCCAGAAGCAUGGGAACAUCUGGGUGUGCCCUGUGUCCGACCAUGUCUGCACACGGUUCUUCUUUGUAUAUGAGGAUGGUCAGGUGGGCGAUGCCAACAUUAAUACUCAGGACCCCAAGAUACAGAAGGAAAUCAUGCGUGUGAUCGGAACUCAGGUUUACACAAACUGAGGGGGCCCCAGCCCUCGUGCCACCCUGUUCCCCCAGGAUCCAUCUGCCCUCAUAAAAGGGCUCAGGAGCAGCAGGUGAGACUGCCCUGAGGAAUCAAGGGGCCAUUACCAAGGGGCAGGAAAAGGAUAGAAGAGGCGGCCUUCAUGGUGGAGACUGACCAGGAUCCACUCCACAUUUGGAUGGCCCAGACUGACUCCAACCCUUGAUUUGCCCAGUUGUCUUCACCCUGUUUGUAAAUAAAACAAUAAAAUGGAAGGUGCUGUGGACUGGAUAUGAUCACUGUGGUCUGACUAGCCUUGGUCCAGCACCUAUCCGAAGGCCCCUGAUGUGGGUGGGGUGGGGGUGGUGUGUCCUGAGAAUUGGGACUGUUUGUGCUGCAUGGAGUCAAAGCUGAGUCCAUUUAGUGUUGUAUUCUACAAGUCUGCCAGUAUUUUUAUCAAAAGAGUGGAUAAAGCAAGGAAAUGGAUCACUAAUGAAGAUGAAACAAACUGGGAAUAAAGAGACCAGGAAUGACUUUAGUUGAGAUUGAAAAGGGCCUUUGAGGCCAGAGUAACUGAUGCACAGACCCUGCCCAGUCACCUUUGCUCUCUGUCUCAGUCUGGGCCCCUGUUCUCUUCCUCCUCUGAGUUUUUUCCUUGGGACAAGUGAAGUAAGUGGAGAGGUGGCAGGUGCAGAAGUUGGGUUGAUCUCUAUGUUGAAAUCCUUAAAGAAAAGCCAGCUGAGAUUAGUAGUGGGACUGUCCAUGGGGGGCACACUAGAACUCACUGAAAGAGUUAAGUGUUCUGAGACCACCGCCUUCCUUCACAACUUGGCUAACCUUGGAGAUUUGGGGU